AUGGCCGGACCCAGCCUCGCCUGCUGCCUGCUCGGCCUCCUGGCGCUGACCUCCGCCUGCUACAUUCAGAACUGCCCGCUGGGCGGCAAGCGGGCCACUCCGGACCUCGACGUGCGCAAGUGCCUCCCCUGCGGCCCAGGGGGCAAGGGGCGCUGCUUCGGGCCCAACAUCUGCUGCGGGGACGAGCUAGGCUGCUUCGUGGGCACGGCCGAGGCACUGCGCUGCCAGGAGGAGAACUACCUGCUGUCGCCCUGCCAGUCUGGCCAGAAGCCCUGCGGGAACGGGGGUCGCUGCGCCGCCUCCGGCCUCUGCUGCAGCCCGGACGGCUGCCGCACGGACCCCACCUGCGACGCCGAGGUGGCCUUCCCCCCGCACUGA